AUGAGAGAUGAAAUAGCAACAACAGUCUUCUUUGUCACAAGAUUAGCAAAAAAACAUGAUAAAUUGAGUAAACAACAGAUAGAAGACUUUGCAGAAAAGUUGAUGACGAUCUUGUUUGAAACAUACAGAAGUCACUGGCACUCUGAUCACCCGUCUAAAGGGCAAGCCUUCAGGUGUAUCAGGAUAAACAAUAAUCAGAAUAAAGAUCCUAUUCUAGAAAGGGCUUGUGCUGAAAGUAAUGUGGAUUUUUCUCACCUGGGACUUCCAAAGGAGAUGACCAUAUGGGUAGAUCCCUUUGAAGUGUGCUGUAGGUAUGGUGAGAAAAAUCAACCAUUUACAAUUGCUUCUUUCAAAGACAGACGGGAGGAAUGGGAAUUAUCCCAACAAAUUAGUGAUGCUGUUAAUAGAGCCACAUUAGACUACUCCUCUGGCACUUCCUCUGAUGAAGAAAGUUGUAACAAAGAACCUCAGAUAAUUCCUAAGGUCAGCAAUCCAAAGAGUAUUUAUCAGGUUGAAAACUUGAAACAGCCCUUUCAAUCUUGGUUCCAUAUCCUCCGCAAAAACAAUAUGGGGGAUGGCCGAAUGGGUCUCCUAGGAAAUGCUUAUCCUGCAUUGCAUAAGAUCCCUAAGGGUCACAGGCCUGCUGCUGGGCACCGGGUGGACAGGUACCACUGGGUCAACACACACCGAUAG